AUGCACGAAAAUCAGAAAAAUGAUGAAAAGGAAAGGAGUGGAGCAAAAAUUUCGAGGGACAGCUUACUAGAUGACCAAUUCAAAGAAGGCACAAAGGAUAAGCUUUUUUUACUUAAUGACAAAGAUGGAGAUGUAGACGAACCGCGCGACACUCCCCCAGAACAAAAAACAAAGAGGGAAAAACCGCUCUUCCACAAGGAUUUAAUAAGCAGUUCAUCCUUAGAGAAAUAUAAAAAAUUUCUGGCAAAGAUGGAGAAAUCGAACGAAGAGUUAGGAAGUAUGGAUAAAGAAAGUGUGAGGAUUGACAAGGACAUCCUUGAUCAGUCCUGUGAUAAUAGCGACGAAGCGUGUGUUGUCAUGGACGUUUCCAUGGGAAUUUUCGACGUGUGCAACGACAACUUAAGCGAAAGCAAACUUAAAGACAUGAACAUUACAGUAGCGGACGUUGUGAAUCAGGUCGGAAAAAAAAUUAGGCUAAGAUGUCCAUUUCGGAAAUACGUAAAAGAAAAGUGGAUUCCGGUUGGAGAAGCACUGCACAACUGUUCUCGUGGAAUUACAGCAGUUUUCGCCAUUUCGUUCGAUAGAGACAAAUUCAUAAUUGUACUUGAGGAACAAAUGGAUUAUUCCAUCUUUGGGAGUUUUUUUUCGCAAUAA